AUGGAGAAGGAGAAGACGGUCGUUCUGUACCCUGGCCUUUUCGUGAGCCACUUUGUCUCGAUGAUGCAGCUCGCAAGGGCCCUCCACGACCACGGCUACGCCGUCUCUGUCGCGCUCAUUGACCCCGCCGUCAAGGAGGACAUCCCCUUCGGCGCCGUCGUCCGCCGCGUCGCCGCCUCCAUGCCGUCCGUCCGCUUCCACACGCUCCGGGCCGUGAAGGACACGCCCAAGCUGACCCACGACGCGAGGUUCAUGGUCAGGUACCUCGACCUCAGCCGCUACAACGAGCGCCUCCACGACUUCCUCUGCUCCAUGCUUGCCCGGAACGUCCACGAUGUGGUCGUCGACUCGGUGUCCAACGAGGCACUCCGCAUCGUGAAGAGGCCCGGGAUCCCCGGGUACACCAUGUUCACCUCCAGCGCCGCCGCCUUCGCCCAGCUCCCUACGAUCCUCGCAGAGGGCGGCCCGAGCUUCAAGGAGCUGGGAGACACCCCUCUCGAGCUCUUCGGCCUUCCACCCAUCCCGGCUUCGCACCUGUUGGGCGAGGUGCUCGAGGACCUGGACAGCGACACAUACAAGGCGACGAUGGCCUUGCUGUGCCGGAUCCGGGAGGCCGACGGCACGCUGGUGAAUACGUUCGAGUCGCUGGAGGCUCGUGCGAUGGCUGCUCUCAGGGACCCUUUGUGUGUCCCCGGCAGGGUACUGCCUCCAGUGUACUGCGUCGGUGCAUUUGUCGGCAGCAUCGCCGACGCCGGGGUAAAAGAGCGGCACGAGUGCCUCGCCUGGCUAGACGGCCAACCGGACCGCAGCGUCGUGUUCCUCUGCUUCGGGAGCAUAGGCACCGGAAACCACUCUGAGGAGCAGCUCAGGAAGAUCGCCGUCGGGCUCGACAAGUCCGGCCACCGCUUCUUGUGGGUUGUGCGAGCCCCCGCCAGCGACCACCCCGGUGUCGACCCGGACCUCAACGCUCUCCUGCCGGACGGAUUCAUGGAGCGAACCAACGGCCGUGGCCUCGUCGUCAAGCUGUGGGCUCCACAGGUGGAAGUCCUCCGCCACAAGGCCACGGGGGCGUUCGUGACGCACUGCGGGUGGAAUUCGGUGCUGGACGGCGUCACGGCGGGCGUGCCGAUGCUGUGCUGGCCGCUGUACUCGGAGCAGAAGAUGAACAAGUUGCACAUGGUGGGGGACAUGGGGAUCGCCAAGGAGAUGGUUGGGUGGCAGCAGGGCCUGGUCAAGGCCGGCGAGGUGGAGGCCAAAGUAAGGCUUGUGAUGGAGUCUGAGGAGGGUAGUGAGCUCAGGUCGCGGGCGGCGGCGUGCAAAGAUGCCGCGGCUGUGGCUUGCAACGACGGCGGGUCGUCGCGCUUGGCGUUUGCCCGGUUUCUGGCGGACGUGGCCAGCCGGAAGGAUCGGGCCUGCAGCGAGGAAGUGGGUGAUGCAUGA